UAUCAGCAGCCCCGGUGCUUUUACUCGAAAAAUCCAAUUGAUCAAAAGUUAGGAGAAGAAGCAACUAAGGCCAGUGACGAGUUGUCUUCAAACAGCAUGGAUGGUUUAAACCUUGAGUGUGGAAGUCUGCAGAAAACGACACAAAUGCGAAGAAACGAGUCUGGAUCAGAGAUCAACCACAAUAGAGUAGAUCAGAAGUUAGCAGAACUGGAUCAACUCCUCAAGCACAAAGUAGAUUUGGCAGAACUGGAUCAACUCCUCAAGCACAAAGUAGAUAUUUCUGAAAGACGACAUCGAAAGACAUCUCAGGAACAGAAGAUGAAACCAACAGGGCCAAUUAGCGAGACAUCAACUAGCGACCAGGACGUUGUGAUGCGUCGAGUCACCAACUUAAGACAACGAAGGAUUUCAACUCAGCUUAAGAUGGACACCCUUCGGAAACAACUGUACGUAAAUUCCAAAAAAUCCAAUCGACCAGCUACAAUACAUGAAGUACCCCACCUGGAAACACAACUACGAGAGCUUAAGAUGACCUUGCAAAAGAUAGACAGCAGUUUAGGCUCGGUUGAAAAACAAGCCGAGGAAACAUUGCAGAAGUUAAGCAUUAGUCAUGAGGACAUCAAUGAUCCAGAAGUAAAAAAGCGACCUCUAUCAGAUUCAACAACGUUUAAAGUCAUUGAUCAACAUGGCAAAAAAGCCUGGUAUUUGGACCAUGAAGUGUCAAAGUCUGAAGAGGAUUGUCGAAGAGUACAUGGGAAAUCAAAACCAGCGAAAUUUAUGGAUUCUCUCCAAUCUAAAAGAAAUUUUGUAAGAAAUGAUCAGCUCUUUCAAUCACAAUUUGCACUUCCGUUACUAAAUAGAUCCCAAACAACAGAAAUACCUAUAGGUCGUGAAGCAACUUUUCAGCCAGAGAAAACUCCAAGAGACCGUACCUUAGAUUCGUUAAUGUCUUCCAUGAAAAACAGAAGAGGUCCAUUAAGGCUUCUCGGAAGCUUUGUAGACUCUCAAAUUCGAGGUCGACUCGGGUCUCAGCGAAGACAUAAGUCUGUGGAACGUCUACCGACAGAAUCACACAGAGAUACACAAAAUUUCUCUCUUCGUUCUUCAACUACAGAAGACAUAGAUGAUAAAUGUUUGAAUUCUACGAACCUCCAAGAACAGGUUCUGAGAAAACAACGAUUAGUAAAAACCGUUAGUACUGACAGCAGGAGCUCUGAAGGUAGUUGUGGGACUUCACAUGUCCGGCCUCUAAAAACUGACAAUAAGAGAAACAGAAAAGAAGAAAACAGAAAGAAAAGUAAAGGAAUGCUAAGAACGGAAAUAGACCCCAGAGCUCUUGCGGAAAUUGAGGCAUUUGAGAAGAUGGCCCACAGCUACUUGCAGAAUCACAGGCACGAUUUUCCUGUUUGAUGACAUACCACAGUGACAUUUUGCUGAAGCUCUUUCUCGACUUGUAUCAAUGUCGAUACU